AUGACAGUGACUCACCCUUCGGAACUCGACCCUUUGGUCGAUGAGUUCCAACAUCUAUCAGACAAGUCACGGCCACGCGAAGCCCUGCAGAUGCUUCAGAAAAUCGCCUCCAUGGUCAAACCGAUAAUGCGCCAGCGCAACUGGCGUGUCGGCGUCUUGACCGAAUUCUACCCUCGAGAAGCAAACCUCUUAGGGCUGAACAUCAACGGCGGGGAGAAAAUCCGCCUCCGCCUCCGGCACGCGGGUGAUGAUACACAGUUCCUCCCUUUCGAGAGUGUGCUGGACACAAUGCUUCACGAACUUUGUCACAUUGUCCACGGCCCGCAUAAUCAGGCUUUCAAUGCCUUGUGGGAUAAACUGCGUGACGAGCACGAGGCUCUCCUCCGCAAGGGCUACACGGGCGAGGGAUUUCUGGGCAAGGGUAACCGCCUGGGCGGCAGGCGCAUCCCGAUGACCGAAAUCAGACGACAAGCUCGUGCCGCCGCCGAGCGGCGUCGUGAUCUCAGUAAAGGUAGUGGUCAGCGCCUGGGAGGUCAGGGCAUCGUGCGCGGCCAGAAUGCAAGGGAGAUCAUUGCUGCGGCCGCAGAAAAACGCUUACGUAUCGAACGAGGCUGCGGCAGCGCGACGGACCAAGGGGCCCAGCUUGCAAGGGGGAAGGACAAGGUCACCACCACCAAGGCAGACAAGCAGGACGAGAACGACGCUGCGCUCAUGCAAGCCUUCAUCGAUCUCAUCCAAGAGGAAGAAAGUGAGCUGUUCGGCAAGGAUUACUUCCCCCCCAGUCAAGAGAAUCCCGCAGGCAUACGCGGAGCUACAUCCCCACCAGGCUUGCGGACGAGUAUGCUCCCGAAGACGCUUGACGCCAAAGCCCUACGUGAACAGCAAAUGCAAAUCGAACGACAACUCCGCGAGACAAAGAAGAACGAGGCCGAGAGAGAUGUCUUGCGAGACGAUGCCGAUGCCCCCAAACAAUCCAUCAAAAGACCAACAGAGCCUGAGCCCGAGCCCGAGCCCGAGCCCGAAGCAGACACAUGGACAUGUGAAAUUUGCACUCUCGUCAACCCGAUGCAAUACCUCAUGUGCGGAGCCUGCGAGACGGAGCGGCCAGCCAUAUACGCACAGCAGCCGGCCCUCCCGCCUUUAGUGUCAUCUCGCGGUCGGCCCAAACCCCAGACAACCGCGUCCACCCGGUCCAAAGCCCACGACCACACAACCCUCAAGCCUCGUCUGUCAAGCGCGGAAGCACUUGCAAAGUUUGAUUCUCAGGCCAACGCAAAAGCGCAAUCCAGGCCGGUCGGGUGGAUGUGCCACGGCUGUGGCAAUUGGAUGGAGAGCCAGUGGUGGACGUGUUCGAGCUGUGGGCGCAUUAAGACGAGUUCUUGA